UCCCCGCGCGCUCCUCUUUGCCUCCAUUCACAAAAAAAGUCAAUGAAACAAAGAAGAAACAGAAUAGCGGCUGUUUGGAGGGGAAAAGAGGAAACGAGUCUGGGCUGGAGGCGGGAGCAAUCCUGCCCCAGAGAAGCAGCCAACGCAGUCGGUUAAAGUGGCAUCAGGGUUUUCAGAGGCCAGCCUGGAAGAUCUGGAUUAAAUCCAACCCCUUCCCCAUAUCUCCAGCCUUCCCAGGAUUUUCUUAGGCAAGGAGUACUUGGGAUGCCUCAACUCUCCUUCUGUAUGCUCAGCUGAAAGUUUAAGGGGCUGCAGUGUCCCAGAUUUGGAGGCUGGAGGAAGCUUUGGAGGGGAGCAUUUUUAUUUGGAGACCCACAUGCAAACUCACACACAAACAAACCCAUAGCUCCAAAGUUUGGCUGCCUGCUCUCUGUGUCUGUGAAGAAUCUGUGCUCAUGACGGAUGGGAGGAUGAAAGGAUAUUUGGAUCAGCAGGUGCCUUAUACUUCUGCACAGAAACCCUCAGGACAUGGGAUGCUGGAGAGCCGAGUUGUGAUGCCCGCACGGAGGAAAUCCAUGGAUCCAGGUGUGCCCCACGUCCCAGACUCGGAAGAUCUCUUCCAUGACCUGAACUUCUUACAGGAAACAUGGCUGGCUGAAGCUCAGGUUCCGGACAGUGAUGAACAAUUUGUGCCUGACUUCCAUUCAGAAAACUUAGCCCUCCAUAGCCCCCCAGCGAAGAUAAAAAAGGAACCCAAGAGCCCGUGUUCGGAAGCCUCUGCAUCCUGCAGACACAGGCAACCUUUUCAGUACCGCCAUGGAGAGCAAUGCCUUUAUGCCAGGCAAGAUUCCAACUUUGUAAAUCCCUCCGUCCCAUCCCAGGCUGCAUCCAGUCGGGCAUACCUUAUGGAACACAGUUCAUACCAGCUGCAUCCUGAAACGGGCCAGCCCUUCUCUGCCUCCCAGGCCUCAGCACCAAACACUUCAUCUACUUAUCAGCGCCCGUUUUCUGCCCCAUGCCUGCCUUACCCUCCUCAGGGCUUCAAGCAGGAAUUCCACGACCCCAUGUAUGAGCAAGCAAACACACUGGGAGCUACGGGGAGCUCCCAGUACACAGCUGGAGUGGUGAUCAAACAAGAGCAGAUGGACUAUGCUUUUGAAACAGAUAUUCCAAGCUGCCAUUCAAUGUAUAUGAACAUAGAGGGAUUCCCAGGUCAUUCCAAUCCUGAUGGCACGUUAGGAUACAGUUAUGAGAAACAGAUGCGGCCAUUCAAUGAGGAUGUUUGUGUUGUCCCUGAGAAGCUUGAAGGAGACAUCAAGCAAGAAAGUAGCGGGUACCGUGAAGGUCCUCCUUACCAACGGCGGGGGUCUCUGCAGCUUUGGCAGUUCUUGGUGGCCUUAUUGGAUGACCCCAGCAAUUCCCACUUUAUUGCCUGGACAGGCCGAGGGAUGGAGUUCAAACUCAUUGAACCAGAGGAGGUGGCACGACUUUGGGGUAUCCAAAAGAACCGCCCUGCCAUGAACUAUGACAAGCUGAGCCGCUCUCUACGUUACUACUAUGAAAAAGGGAUUAUGCAAAAGGUGGCUGGUGAACGCUAUGUGUACAAGUUUGUCUGUGAGCCUGAAGCCUUGUUCUCCCUCGCCUUCCCCGACAAUCAGCGCCCAUCCGUGAAGGCCGAGUUCGAGUGGCAUGUCAGUGAGGAAGACACUGUGCCUCUCUCCCAUCUAGAUGAAAGUGUUGCCUACUUGCAAGACAUGGGAGCCCAGCCUUAUGGGAAAAGCUACACAUAUUGACUGGCAAAAAAAAGGGGACACGGAUCAGAUAUGGGCAUUUUGUACAUAUAUGGAGAUGUUUGUCAGUAAUCCCCAAUGUAGAGUGUGGCCUUGGCUCUCCUAGGUCUGAAUUUGAAAGCAGUGAACUGCCUUACGGAAAGGCAGCACUGUGUUCCAGGAACUAGAGAGCAAUGCUUGGAUGUGGGUUCAAAUCCCAACUUAGCCGUGGCCUCUCUGGGUGAACUGUGAACAACUUGCUUAUUUUUCAGCAUCCAUUCUCAAGGAAUAAUGAGUCAUGGCCUACCUCACAGGGAUGUUGUGAGGACAAAAAAAAGAGAGAUAAAGAUUGUAAAAUGCUUCGUACAUUUUGUUUCUUGAAAAUGCUGUCUUGGUGAUUAACUGACUGUAAUAGAUUGGAACCAAGGAGAGGCAAGAU